AUGGCCGCGGAUGACGACCUCGACCGGUUCGACGACUCGGACUCCGAGAGAUUCGUGGACGCCGACGCGGACGACGCCGCGCCGAAGGGCGGCGGCGCGUCGACGUCCGCGCGCGUCUCCGCCGCCGUCGCGUCGUCGAAUCCGAGACCGAACGCGCGCGAUCGCCCGUCGUCGAGAGCGGCGCGGAAGCGCGCGAAGAAGCUCGCCGCGAAGGCGGCGAGGACGGCGCGACGCGAGGAAGAGAAGACGCGAUUUCCCGCCGCGGCGGACGGAGACGACGGCGGCGGCGGCGACGGCGGCGGCGACGCGUCGUCGUCCGGGGAAGAGGAGGAGGAGGAGGAGGAGGAGGACGCGUCGCGACGGCGGCCGCGCUCGUCGUCCGCGGAGAUCCCGCCGGUCCCGGAUAAGAAGGUUCACCACGGCACGCUGCGCGUGGAGGGCGUCGUCGUCGACAACAAGCUCGUCCUCGUGGACGGGAGAACGCGCGCGGUGUACUCGUCCACGAGGCGCGCGAAGGACGGGUCGCACCUGCGCGUCGGGACGUUCGAUCCCGCGACGGGAGCGGUGAUUCGAUGGAGCAAGAAGGAAAUCGCGGCGCAUCACGCACCCAAGCCGGCGGACGACGACGACGACGAAAAAGAAGAAGAAGAAGAAGAAGAAGAAGAGAACGUCGUCGAGGGCAGGAUGGAGAGACCGCCGACGUCGGUGACGCACGCCUUCGACGCGGACGGGGACGACCACUGCGAGACGUCCCCGGAGGCGCACGCGAACGUGGUAAACUUUCUGAACGACGUCGCGUCGCGGCUGGGGAAGAAGCCGAGCGAGCUGAUCAUCUACGACCCGUACUACUGCGCCGGCGGCACGGAGCGGUCGUUCAACGCGCUGGGGUUUCGAAACGUCAUCAACCGGAACGAAGACUUUUACGCCGUCGCGAAAAGGAACGAAGUGCCCGAACACGACGUCCUCGUGACCAACCCGCCGUACAGCGCCGAUCACGUGGAAAAAUGCCUCACCUUCGCGGCGGCGAACCUCGCGGAGCACGGACGGCCGUACUUCCUGCUGUUGCCGUCGUACGUGAUUCACAAGCCGUACUACGUCGACGCGCUGUUGACCGGCGGCGCCGCGGGGAGGCGGGCGAAGGAGGCGAGAGAGAAGAGAGAACGAGGGAGGGCAGAAGAAAAAGAAGAAGACGUCGAGGAGGAGGAGGAGGAGGAGGAGGACGAGGAGGAGGACGAAGAAGAAAUGGUGGACGACGACGACGACGACGACGACGACGACCAGAUGGUGUUCAAGCGCGCUUCCGACGCGACCGGCGAGCGGAUCCCCCUCGCGAAGAAGAAGUCGAACGCGUCGUCGUCGUCGUCGUCGUCGCGUCGGCAGACGUUGCCCUUCUACGUCGCCCCCGCGAAGCGGUACUACUACUGGACCCCGAAAGCGCUUCUCGCCGCGCGCCGCGCCGCGUCCGCGCGCGACGACGGCGAGAGCGCGUCCGCGCGCAGAAAGAAGAAACACGUCGGGCGACUGGGCGAGCGCACGUCGCCGUUCCCGUCGAUCUGGUGCUGCUGCCUCGGGGAGUUUCAGACGGACGCGUUGCGACGGCAUCGGAAACUCCCUCGCGCGUUUGUCGACGGGUACACCGUGUCGACGCACCCGAACGACCUCCCCGCGCACGUCCUCGACGAGUGGGAUCCGCGGAGGCUGGCCGCGGUGGAGCGAGAGAGAGCGCGGGGGGCGCGGAGGAGGGACGGGGACGACGGGGAUCACGGGGACGACGGGGCCCGCGGGGACGACCGCGGGAAAAGAGGGGGGAAGAUCAAAAAGUUGAGACGCUUCGCCGGAUUCAGGACUUUGCCCGGCGCAUCUCUACGCCCACCCCUCGCUUUCAACGCCCGCCCUCGGCGCCUUUCAACUCCACCUGACGCCUAUGAACUCCACCCCGACGUUCGCUUGUAUGGAACGACCCUCAGCGGCGGCAACUGCGGGCAGAACAUGCCGGCGAAGGACAAGAAGCGAUACGCGGAGUUCACGAACGACAAGAGCGGUGAGGCGGCGACCGGUAACUGGGAGAACGGCAAGGGCGGCGGCGACGGCGGGAUGUUCUCGCGGCCGAGGAAGAAGGCCAAGUACUGACGACGACGCGAGCGCGACUUCUUUCAUACGAAGGUACCCUGUACUCGUAGCUUAUUAUAAGAAUACUCGUGUUCACGAG